AUGGAUUUUUCUACCGAGACGAGCGGGGGAGGACUUGGAAAUCUUGCCGAUGAGCUGGCAGACGCAUGGGAUCAGGAGGAGGAAGGAUAUGGCUAUGCUUCAGGUCAAGAUGGAGCCCCGGGGUCUCAGACGAUGGGCCACAGCGACGGAGAAGAUGCUUAUAUGCAGUCCGUUCAUAAUAUGCGCGCCCGGUCACCAUCGGGGGAACUCUCGCCAGACCGCCGAAAUAGGCUUCGGGCCAGCCAGCUCCGACAGCAUCGGCGACAAGAAUCCCAUUACGAUGGGUCGGAUUACGGGAAUGACUCGGAUUUUGACGAGGUCGCCGAAAUCUCCCCCGCAUUGGAACAUCAGAUGGCUGAUAUCGAGAGCCUCGCCCGACGGGGUAUCGAAAAUAACGGCAGUGAGAAUGACCAUGUCAUUCAGCGGACUGUCGAGGCACUUCGAGAUAUGGGGGCGCAAAGCGGGAUUGAGAAUAGUGCUAUGCGACUGAUUACUGCUCAUUCCUCUAUCACAUCCCACCUCACACACCAAACGCGGACUCUCCAAUCCCUCAUUCAUCCGCUCCUCUUCUCACCAUUUCCUCUCCUCUCCGAAGACGCCAUUGACUCUCUCAUGCCCCUCAUUGACGAAGGUCUUCUACCAAAUCUUCCAUAUCCAUUCCCCGAACAGCAACGCCAUGGUUCCCGACCAGAGACACCUUCACAACCAAGCUCAUCCAGCAACCCCCUUGCCUCAUUCCAAGCACUCAUCACUCAGACCGCCGAUAUCACCACUUCACUCCGCAGUCUCGGCGAUACUCUUUACGAGUCCCGCCAAUUGACUUCCACGGCAUCACGACGUCUUCGAUCUGCCCGGGAACUCGUUGCAGAGCUGCGGCGCGAGGAAGAAAGUCUCGAAGAGGGCUCGCGAUGGAUUGAGCGCGGCGAGUGGGAUCGACGGCUGAAAGACCGUGAAGCUGGUAAGGUAUGCGGGGACGUCGUCAGCGGCUUUGAAGCCGUCUGUGGGGAGUGGCGUGAGAAGCUUUUUGGAGCGAACGCCGAAGUGGCUGCUGCGUAG